AGGUUACAGGUCCCUCAGUUUUACGGCUUUAAAUCAUCGUCACCAGGUGAAUAUAUAUAAGCGAUGAGGUGGCACGCUCCUCAGCAGGCCAGCGGUUUAUGCUUGUGCUCUUCUAAUUCAGGAAACAUGACGACAAAGAAAGACCUUGAAGCCAUCGAGAACCAGAUAUCCACCAUUCAGGUUAGCUCCCAUGAAGAGACGGUCGAUCCGGUACUUGCCCAUGGAGGGUUCAAAACAAUGGAGCAGAGACGCAACUGGGGAUGGCUUCUGUCUGGAUUCAUCUCCUUAAACAUCCUGCUCCUGGGAAUCGCCAUCGUGAGCGGGAGCGUCUUCAACAAGGUCCAGAUCACCUCUUCUCAUCUCCUGAUUUUCCUCAUCUUCCUCGUCAUUCUCACCACCAUAUGGAUGGUUUACUACAAAAUCCAUACUUCCAGGGUAUGCAAUGCAGUGCUCUACAAAGACAGCCAUGCUGGACCAAUUUGGCUGAGAGGUGGACUGGUUCUUUUUGGCAUCUGCAGUGUAAUCAUGGAUAUUUUUAAGAUUGUUUAUUACGUGGGUCGUAAAGACUGCGAGUCGCCGGUGAAGAUAGCCUUCCCUGUUGUGCAAGCUCUGUUUGUCAUUGUGCAGACGUACGUCCUCUGGGUUCAUGCAAAAGACUGCGUGCAGAUACAGAAGAUCAUCACAGGUUGUGGUCUGAUGUUGACGCUGUCUACAAACCUCACGGUGUGGAUGAUGGCGGUGACAGAGGAGUCGCUCCAUCAAACAGUGGCUCCAGUCAACCCUUCAUCCAACAUUUCUUCAAACGGCGGUCACAGAUCCAAUGUCACAUCACAAGGCCGCUCUGGAAACAGUGAAUGUAAAUGUAUUCAUGACAUGUGCGAUGUCUUUGAGAAGGCCUACUUCUACCUGUAUCCCUUCAACAUCGAGUACAGCCUCUUUGCAUCAGCCAUGUCCUACGUCAUGUGGAAAAACAUUGGUCGCCAGAUGGAUGAACACCACAGCCACAAUCUGCACUUCAGUCUGUGGGACGUUCUGAUUGGUCCGGUUGCUGGUCUGAUCAUUCUGGUGGCGGGCCUGGCUACGUUUGUGAUGUACGAAGUGGAUGUGGCCAAGGAGGAUCCGAAAAAGAAGGAGGAAGCUCUGAUAAUGCAUUACACCAUGAACAUAGUCGCCCUCCUUCUGAUGUCCAUUGCAACUCUGGUUGGUUGUAUAAUCUUCCGGAUGGAUAAGAGGGAUCCGGUGUCUGCGAAGAGCCCUACGCGGAGUCUGGACGUGGGACUGAUUGUGGGAUCGUCCCUGGGCCAGUACCUCAUUUAUUACUUCUCUAUAGUAGCUCUUCUGGCAUCAGGAGUCCAGGGGCACGUAAAUAGGCUGGACCUGACCAAUUCUAUUCUGACUGUGAUCCAGUUGUGCCUACAGAAUGCCUUCCUCAUCAAGGGCCUCCAUCGGGAGCCUUUCAAAGAGACGGAGACUGCCUCCGUCUUCACCAACGUCAUGGCUGUAAGAGAAAGAGACCUGGAAAGACGGAGCAGCUCUAUCGUCCCAGCUCACACGCUUCCCAUGCCGUUGAAGUUGCUUCAGGGUCAACUCCCCUGGAAGAGGAGGAUCCUGAAGGAGAUCUGCACCUUCCUGCUAUUCUGCAAUGUCAUUCUUUGGAUUAUUUCAGCCUUUGGAGCCCGGCCUCAGUUUGACAACACCGUUGGAUCAGACAUAUUUGAAUUCCAAACGUGGGCAGCAGUUGUGAAUAUUGGAAUGCCAUUUGGGAUCUUCUACCGAAUGCACUCAGUGGCUAGUCUGUUUGAGGUGUGCCUCAUCUCGUAAAUCAACGGACCACUCAAGAACUGUACAAGUUUAUGCACACAUCUUUGUAAAAUAGAGAUAUUUUUAUAGUGUCUUUUUGUUUAUUUGAAAGAGAAUUUGUAUUAUUUUUACUAAAUUUGUAUUGUAUAAUACAACGAUAUGUUAGUGUGUUGAGUGUGUCUAGACCAUCUUUUUAAAUAUGAGAAUGAUACCACAGUAUCAUUUGAAACAUGGCCUAAUCCUGUUACAGGCAUUUGACUGUUAGCAGUGCAGUGAAAUCCCCUGGAAGCAGUACCAGAGAUCCACCUUUUCAUUAGCACCUGUGAAUUCCCAAUUUCUGUUUAUUCUGGUCACUGUGUACCCAGAUUAAAAUGAGCAAACAUAUUGCUGUACUCUCUGUUUUUUUAAUGCUUUUGUUCCUUAUGGUGAAAUGAGGUCUGAACUGGAAACAUGACA